UGUCUCUUGGUUUUCUGUCAUGCAAUACUUUUAUGCUACAUUGAUAUUUGAUUCUUCUCUAUAAAUAGCAUUUCCAUCAUAGUGCUCAUCCAAUCAAGUUGAAAACGCCUCUUCAACUACACUUUCAUAACUUUUGUUCUGUGAAGUGAUAUUGAGAGAAAAAUAAUGGUCAAUUCUAUAAACUUUCUCCUGCUUUUUUCUCUACUUGUCUUUGCUCCUUUCUGUCACUGUAAAAAGAAAGUAGGGGGUUACCUCUACCCUCAGUUUUACGAUGAUUCAUGCCCCAAGGUUGAAGAGAUUGUCAAGUCCAUAGUUGCCAAGGCUGUCACUAAAGAACCCCGCAUGGCUGCUUCCUUGCUGAGACUUCAUUUCCAUGACUGUUUUGUCAAGGGUUGCGAUGCAUCGGUUUUGCUAGAUAGCAGUGGAACCAUCAUCAGUGAAAAGAGGUCAAACCCGAACCGUAAUUCAGCUAGAGGAUUUGAAGUCAUUGAUGAAAUUAAAUCAGCACUAGAGAAAGAAUGUCCUCAUACAGUGUCUUGUGCUGAUAUUUUGACUCUAGCUGCUAGAGAUUCAACUGUUCUUACUGGAGGACCAAGCUGGGGUGUACCUUUGGGAAGAAGGGAUUCUCUUGGUGCAAGCAUCAGUGGAUCAAAUAAUAACAUUCCUGCCCCCAACAAUACAUUCCAAACCAUCUUAACAAAAUUCAAGCUUAAGGGACUUAACAUUGUUGAUCUAGUUGCUCUAUCUGGUAGCCACACUAUAGGAGAUUCGCGGUGCACUAGCUUUAGGCAAAGACUCUACAACCAAACUGGGAAUGGCAAAUCAGAUUUCACUCUUGACCAAAACUAUGCAGCUCAAUUGCGCACUCAGUGUCCAAGAUCUGGUGGAGACCAAAAUCUGUUUGUCCUAGACUUUGUCACCCCAGUAAAAUUCGACAACUACUACUUCCAGAACUUAUUGGCCAACAAGGGUUUGUUAAGUUCUGAUGAAAUUCUGUUGACAAAGAAUCAAGUAUCUGCAGCUUUAGUGAAAAAGUAUGCUGAAAGCAAUGAUCUUUUCUUUGAACAAUUUGCCAAGUCCAUGGUUAGGCUGGGAAAUAUUACUCCUUUAACAGGAUCAAGGGGUGAAAUCAGAAAACACUGCAGAAAGAUUAACACCUGAUGAAGUACAAACAUUGUCAUGUGAAAGUUGCAUCUACAUUUUGUUGAUCUUUUAUUAUAUAAAAACAGGAGAGUGGAUCAACUGAUCUAUUCCCUAUUGAAUUGAUGAAGCUAUAGGCAGAUUCGUUGUGUUUUGAGUUAUAAAUUUGGGCUUUUUUUAGCAUUGUUGUGUGUUUGAAGGAAUUCUAUGUAAUAAGAUGUUUCAAGAAUAAGUGAUUAAAGUUUGUUGUUGAAAUUGAUGGUCUUGAAGUUUAAAUGAA